CCGCGCCGCCGGGUGUCUCCCUCCCUCUCCGGCGCCCGCUCCUUCCAGCCGCUCAUCUCUGGGCUAGGGGUGCCCGGCGCCCCCGCCCUGCUUUGUCCCUGGUGCAGCGCCCCCUGCCGGACACGGCGCCACGCCUUUUGGGGCCCGCGGCUUCCUGGCAAAGGUUCAUUUUUCUCUUUGAAUAAGACUUGCCUCUUUUUGGGGGUAUCCACAGGAGCCCACUGCCAUGGACGGCUUCCUCUGCUCUUGCCAUGAUGUGCUGUGCCCUGUGAUAGACUCAAAAGCAGUGGAGGGGCUAGAGCGAUGGCUCAGUAGUUAAGAGGACCCCAUGUAGAUCCCCAGCACCCACAGGGCAGCUCACAACCAUCUGUGACUCUAGUCUCAAGGGAUCUGAUACUCUCUUCUGACUUCUGAGGACACCAGGCGUGCAAGUGGUGCAUAGAAAUGCAUGCAGUGGCCGUGAGCUGAACACCUCUGCUCUGCUAAAUGGCUCCCUCCAUGAUGUACUGCGCUGCCCAAAGCAACGAGGCCAGAUGAGACUGUGAGCCAAGACCAGUCUUUCCUUUCCUUAGAUUUGCCCCAGUGUGGAAGACGAGCUCUGGGGCUGCGACUCCUUCGGAAACAUGGAGGCGUGGCCAUGGAAGUUGCUGGUGGGCGUCGGUCUCCUCGCCCUCACCCAUGCGGCCUUCUCUGCUGCUCAGCAUCGUUCUCACGCGCGACUGACAGAAAAGAAGUAUGAGCCGCUGCCGACGGAUAUAGUUCUCCAGACACUUUUGGCCUUUGCGCUUACCUGUUACGGUGUGGUUCAUACUGCAGGGGACUUUAGAGACAGGGAUGCUACUUCGGAACUAAAGGAUAUGGCAUUUGAAACCUUAAGGAAUCGCCCGUCUUUUUACGUGUUUCGCCGUUCUGGCUAUGGACUGUUCCAGCGUUCGGAUACAACUCAUUCCUCAAACCUCAGCACGUCAUCUUCUGACAUGCGGUUGAAGUUUUGAAAGCUCAAAUCACCGUACCGUUCAGCUUUUUUACAAGUUAAGUAACAGGAUAGAAGCAGAAUUAAGUACCGGGAUUUGGGAUGUAAAACAACCCCCUACACAUCAGUAUUUUUACUGAUAUUUCAGACUUAGCUAAAAAAAAAUUUAUAAUUAAAAGAAAAAAAGAUAUUUAUGCCAGGUACCCUGUCACAGCUGUAGAAAGCUGAUUAACUGUGGAUUUGUUUUUGGGUGAGGCAAACAUUUGAAUCUCAGCCCAAGUAAAGCAGAUACUGCAGGUGAACCUCAGACCAUCCGUCCAGGGGCUGAAUCAAAUAAUAAGGCCUUACCGGGCAGUGAUAGCGCACACCUUUAAUCCCAGCACUUGGGAGGCAGAGGCAGGCGGAUUUCUGAGUUCAAGGCCAGCUUGGUCUACAGAGUGAGUUUCAGGACAGCCAGGGCUACACAGAGAAACCCUGUAUCCAAAAACCAAAAACAAAACAAAACCAUAAGGCCUCUGUAUGGAAGACAUGCUUUUUUUGCAUGCUUGAAGUGAGACAUCGAUCUUUCUCUGGCUCUGUCCCCUAAACCCAAAUAUGAGCACUUCUUACAUUCUGAGCCUUUGAGACUGAACUUGCACGUGGGCUCUCCUGAGCUCUGCUCACUGUCUACAGUCUUGAAGGAACUUAAAGGUUUUCACAGUGUGUGAUCUGAUUUUUCAUUACGACUCUCACCACAGGUUUCUCCCGGGUUCUCAGGCGGAUGAUCCGGAGGCCGCUGUGAGCAUUAAGCUCAGAGAUGGUGAUGAUUUUCCAUGCUGAGUGAAGAGGCCAGCAUUCCCAGAACAGUGCACAUAAGAGGUGGAGAGAGCCUUGCCCCUGCCAGUCUACCCCUGUGGCCAGUCCCAUGUGUCGCUUGCUGUGGUCUGAUUAUAUGCCCGCUUCUCUUUUUGCUGUGGUUCCAUAGGAGAGUCUGCCAUUUGCGAAUGUAUUAAGUCAGAGGACUGGAAUCAGGGAGAGGAAUGUGUUUAUAUAAAACUGUCCCCUGGUGUGUACAGGAGAUUGACUGUACAACCAUGCACGGGAACAAAAUCUUCGGAUGCUCAAGUAGGUUUUAGAAAAAUGACAUAGUAUUUCCACAGGACCUCCGCCCACUCUCCCACAUACUUCCAGUCGUCUCCAGAUUAUGUGUAAGGCCUAAUACCAUGUGAAUCCCAUGUAGACAGUCGCUGUUGCUGCUUUGUUUCGGGAAUAAUGAUAAGAAGAUGCUGGCAUAUGCUCAGUGCAGAUGGAAUUUUCCCUAAAUAAAUUUGGUUAGCAGUUG